UGCUUCUGGAGCAGCCGUACUGGAAAAGAGCCCAAGAUGCAAAUCUGGAAUAAAAGUGUUCUAAAUCGUCUCCCAUCUGGACAUUCCUUUAUUGCAUUGACAUUCCAAAAGAGAUUGGGCAAUUUCAAUGCCGAUACCACUUGACUCGAUUCUCCAUAUCCCAUCUCCACCCCCAACCACCUCCCCCCACACAUGGUACCUCACCCAUUUCCGACGCAUAGCAUCCACCCUCCUCCAUCACACAACCCUGCAAGCCCACACAACAUUUUUCCAAAUCCUCGAAAUAGAAUUCUACCUGAACGAUACACAUCACACUGACCCCUUCACGCAUGCCCAUCCGACACAGACUGUACCCUCCACAUGGUACUUUCACCAACAAGGCGGAUCCUACCGCGGUGGAUCCUGGAAGGGCCUUGACCUUGUCUUUGGAGAUGGAUUCCAUGGUGGGAUCCUCAUUCGCGCUAUAAAGAAUAUGGAAACAAAUCAAGUUGUGAAUGGACCUUGUAAAUGUGUUGAAGCGAUCAUGGUGGCUUGUAUAGGAAAAAUUGCGAGUGUGAGUGAGUUGGUGGGUGGGUUGGAUGGACUGCAUGCUGAGAGGUGUGCAUUGAAAUGUCUUGUCCGUGAUGUGCAUCCAUUGGAAUUCGUGAUUGAAACACCGAGAAUUGGGUUAUCACUUAAACCCACACAUAAAAACCUGGAUAAACGAUUUCGAUAUAUAUCAAAACCAUACCGGUUCGUUCAUCCUACGCAUUUGAAAACCAAACACCUUGCGACGAAUAUCGUUGGACUUGCUCGUAUGUUGCAUUCCGAUUCGGACCUAUUACGGGAGGAUGAGACGGUUUUACAGGGUGUUGUGCGUAUCGCGGGUGUACCGUUGCGGAAUGUGUGUGGGUGUUUGGAGGCUUAUGAAAUGGGGUUGGAACGGGGGAGACCGGAUUUGUGUGUCGGUGGUGGGCAGAGUGCCAGAGUUUUGGCGGGGUUGUUUGGGAAUGUUGAUGGCUUCUUGCGGAAAGAUCGUGAAUUGGGCGUUGCAUGAGCAUACGAGUCGUACUGAACUGCUAUUGUUUUUAUCGUAUACAACAUGAAAGAAACUAUAGUUGCCCCCUAAACGACUUGCAGACGUUUCACCACCACCUCACCCUCCUCCCAACCCACCCCUCAUACCCAACCAUCCCAACCAACCCAACCCCAACCAAACUCCCAACAACCCCAACCCAAACUCCACCAUAAAUCCCCCGUAAACGGACAUAAUAAACCCUCGUCAAAUCCCCAUUCACAUAAAACCCAUCCGCAAAAACCUCUUGACAAGAUACAUCCCGCAACCUAAAUUCUGUACAAGUCGCUUGAAUCCCCUUCCAGAUCUCCACUGUUGCUACGAGUAAGAGGACCGGUGCGAUGAGUGCUGUUGCCCUUAUUGCAUACGUUGUUGCGUUGUUUGAGUAUUUCGUGUGCAAGCCCCUGGCGAUAAGAUGUGCCACGAGGACUAUGAAUGUUGUGGUGGAUAAACAGAUUGUGGCGAGACAUGCAGAGGAAUGUACGGAAAAGACGUAGAAAGUCGGUGUGGGGUGGUAAUUUGUUAUAUAGAGUGUGCUGUGGAAGUGUUUUGUUUAGUAAAACUCUCGUUUUAUUUUUCUUGUGUUCUGUUUGCGGUACUUGGAUCUUACCAGAUGUGUGAGGGACUGUAUUGGGCGUGUAUGGCGACAAGACCCACUUGAGCACCUGCGCAUACCUAUGAAAGAAAACGGAAA